ACCUGGGAUCAAAGACACGAAACCCUAAACUGGUUGUAGAAAGGGAAGGAAACUAAACAAGAUGGGUGGAGGGAAUGACGAAGUUGUUGUCGGAGGUAAAGACAAAGAGGAAGAAGAGCAAGACGGCAUGUCCGUACACUCUCCUUGUAAAGCCUUACCUUCCUCUGCCUCCUCUCUUUCCAAGGAGCAGUCAGAGGUUGAAUUGGAGCUCACGUUAUUAGAAGCUCUUGAAAUCUAUCCUCCCGUUAAACUCCGAGGCAUACAUCGCCACUUUGUUCUCUAUGGUCUGAUGGAAUAUCUUGGCAGAAGCUUUGACAGACAGUUUACAGCGGAUGAGGUUCUGCAGCUACUGGAUCGAUUUUACAAUAUAGAGAUGCUGAAAUCAGAUGAUGAGGACGUUGACGUUCUUAACCACGAGGAGGACUUUACCUUACCGCAGAGUUACUUUGAAAAGGAAGAAGAAUAAAAAGGAAGAAAGGAGAAGUGGUGUUUGUUUCCUUUUCACGCCUCUCUUUGUAUAUGGUGGUUGGUUAGGUUUGUCCCCAGCUCUUAUCCUAUUGUAUAUGAUGCAGUAUUAAUAUAGAACAAUGCACCACUGAUCUUUUUACUCUGUCAAGGAGUUUAAUAGAAACAUGUUUUUGUUGUCUUUUCAUGAUGACAUUUAGAGCUAGAUCUGUGUUUUUUUUUUUGGUUGGUU